AUGUGUACCUCGCUUGGUGUGCUCACACAGUUGCCUCCUGACAGCUGCAAGGCUGAUACUGAUGGAGUCUGUGUGUUUAAAUGCUUGGUUAACAGAGACACUGAAUACUGUCGUGUGGGAAGACAAUCUGUGUUAAUUACACUGGGAUACAACAGUGCCUUGCUCCAGUUCAAGUCACAAGCUGAAUACAACACAUUUUCAAAUGCAUUGAAGAGAUGCUGUAGCCAAAAGAAGAACUCUGUGUUCAGUCAGCGAACAGAUGAAGCAUCCGCUGCUCAGUAUUUUCAGUUUUAUGGCUGUCUGUCUCAACAGCAGAAUAUGAUGCAGGAUUUUGUGAGGACAGCCACUUAUCACAGAGCUAUCCUACAGAACCACAUAGAUUUUACAGACAAGGUGGUCCUAGAUGUUGGCUGCGGAUCAGGAAUCCUUUCAUUUUUUGCAGUGCAGGCUGGAGCUAGAAAAGUCUAUGCAGUUGAAGCCAGUUCAAUGGCAAAAUAUGCGGAGCUGUUGGUGAGAAGUAACAACCUUUCUGACAAGAUCACAGUUCUGUUUGGAAAAAUUGAGGAGAUCUCCCUGCCUGAGAGUGUUGAUGUGGUAAUUUCUGAACCGAUGGGUUAUAUGCUGUUCAAUGAAAGGAUGUUGGAAAGUUACCUCCAUUCCAAAAAAUGGUUGAAGUCAAAUGGAAUGAUGUUCCCAACAUACAGUGACAUUCAUUUGGCUCCUUUUUCCGAUGAGCAGCUGUACAUGGAACAAUAUUCCAGAGCCAAUUUUUGGUACCAAGAAUGCUUUUAUGGGGUCAACCUGUCCAGUCUGCGCAGUGCAGCUGUGGAUGAGUAUUUCCGACAACCUAUUGUGGUAGCCUUUAUGAUAAGAGUUCUGAUGGCCCGGACAGUGAAGUACACCAUUAACUUCAUGGAAGUUGCUGAGGAAGAUUUGCAUAGAGUGGAAAUCCCUUUUGUUUUCCAAAUGAUGCAGUCUGGACUAAUCCAUGGCCUAGCCUUCUGGUUUGAUGUGGCAUUUGUAGGAUCACUGAUAACUGUUUGGUUGUCCACUGCACCGACAGAACCUCUCACUCACUGGUAUCAAGUACGCUGCCUUCUUCAGACGCCCCUCUUUGCUAAAGAGGGGGAAACUCUCUCAGGGAAAGUCUUAUUUGUUGCCAAUAAGCGACAAAGUUAUGACAUUCAGAUUGUAGCUGUGGUGGACCAGACAGGAUUUAAAUCUGGUAACAUUCUUGAUUUAAAGAAUCCAUUUUUUAGGUAUGAGGGCAUCAUUGUUCUGUAUUAG